GCGCCCCCUGACUUCCGUUUCCGGGGGAGUCCAGGCGGCUUCCGGCGGCGUGACCGGGGCGCGCUGGGCUGGCAGGUUGCCGCAUCAGGAAGGGUCUGCGCUGGCUACCGGGACCGUAUUAGGAAUCUUGGAAGCACUGCCAACAUGUCUGAUGUUCAAGAAGCCACUAACCAACUUCUGGAUGUGAACCUUCAUGGGAACCAGAGGUCUAUACAAGUGACAGAAAGUGGUCCCAGAAGUGAGUCUGAGCACCUCCAAGUCACUAUUGGAGCCACUGUACCUACCGGUUUUGAGCAAACAGCUGCAGAUGAAGUGAGAGAGAAAUUGGGGUCAUCGUGCAAAAUCAGCAAAGAACGGGGCAAGAUAUAUUUUGACAUUUCAGUGGAAAGUCUGGCUCAGGUUCAUUGUCUGAGAUCAGUUGAUAACUUAUUUGUGGUUGUUAAGGAGUUUAAAGAUUACCAGUUCAAAGAAACAAAGGAAGAAGUUUUAAAGGAUUUUGAAGAGUUGGCUGGGAAGCUUCCAUGGUCAGAACCUUUAAAAGUAUGGAAUGUUAACACCAGUUUCAAGAAAAAAAAAACAAAGCGCAAAAAGAUAAAUCAGAAUUCAAGUAAAGAGAAGAUUGAUAAUGGACAAGGAGAUAAAGCAGAUGAGAGGGAUGAUAAAAAAGGAUUCACCAACAAAACCUUAGAUUCCCGUAUCUUAGACUAUUACGAAAAUCCAGCCAUUAAAGAAGAGAUAUCAACAUUAGUAGGGGAUGAUUUGGCAUCUUGCAAAGAUGAGACUGAUGAAGGCUCAAAAGAAGAAACUCCUGAGGUGCUGAAGUUUAGAGUCACGUGCAACAGGGCAGGAGAAAAACACUGCUUUUCCUCAAAUGAGGCUGCAAGAGAUUUUGGGGGUGGUGUUCAAGAUUAUUUUAAGUGGAAGGCUGACAUGACCAACUUUGAUGUGGAGGUUCUUUUGAACAUCCAUGAUAAUGAAAUUGUUGUGGGCAUUGCAUUGACAGAAGAGAGUCUCCAUCGAAGAAAUAUCACACAUUUUGGACCUACAACUCUGAGAUCUACUCUUGCCUACGGGAUGCUCCGGCUCUGUGCUCCUCAACCUACUGAUAUAAUAGUUGAUCCGAUGUGUGGAACAGGGGCAAUCCCAAUAGAGGGGGCUACUGAAUGGUCUAACUGUUACCAUAUUGCUGGUGAUAAUAAUCCGUUGGCUGUGAAUAGAGCAGCAAAUAACAUCUCAUCUUUAUUGACCAAGAGCCAAAUUAAAGAAGGCAAAGUGUCCUGGGGCUUGCCCAUAGAUGCUGUUCAGUGGGAUAUCUGCAAUCUGCCAUUGAGAACUGGUUCUGUGGACAUUAUUGUAACAGACAUGCCAUUUGGAAAAAGGAUGGGCUCCAAAAAGAGAAACUGGAACCUUUAUCCAGCUUGCCUACGGGAGAUGAGCCGCGUCUGUAGACCAGGGACAGGCCGAGCUGUGCUACUUACUCAGGACAAGAAAUGCUUUACCAAGGCAUUAUCCGGAAUGGGACAUGUUUGGCGGAAGGUGCAUACCGUCUGGGUGAACAUAGGGGGUCUUCAUGCAGCAGUUUAUCUUCUGAAACGUACACCUCAAGCUUUUGUUCAUCCUGUAGAACAACAUGGGGAAGGAACUCCUUGGUGAUGCAAAGAAUAGAGAUGGUUCAUGGUAUUUGUGCCUCUUGACACUGGGAAUGUCAGCAUGUAGUAUUUGGUUUGAGAGAAAAAUAGCGUUAAUAAAAUUGCAGAUUAAAUUGG